CUUCAGCUCGGCAGGUGUGGCUGAGUCGGAGGGCUUUCCCCGGAAUUUCUUGUCACCACCGGUACCUGGCCGCGUUAGCCUGUAGCUCGGCAAAAUGGAGAGAAAUACAAAACUGGCAGGAGACUGACGGCGGCUAACGACGAAGCUAGGACGCGACUGACUGGAGGACCGCCGCUAGCAACUGGGAAGUUCAGGCUGUUUUCCUCCAUCCUUAACGGACCUCUACACCUGUGACACCACCUGAGGUGACCUGACUCAAACAUCAAACCAUCCAACAUCUCUUUCUUCACUUUGUGGAUCUAUAACCGGCUGUUUGUCCUCCAUCCGGCAUGCGUUCAUCACGGUGUGUGUGAGACUGCAGUAUACGUUCAGUCCAGGCAGGGAUGUGGGAUCCCCAGCCCCCGUCUAAACAUGCCUCACCCCUAUCCCCACAACCACCCUCCAACCUACACCGCCCCCAUGUGAUCACCGACACCCCGGCCAAGCGGAUCACCUUCUACAAAAGCGGGGACAGCCAGUUUGGGGGCGUCAGGAUGGCGGUCCACAAGCGGAGCUUCAAGUGCUUUGAUGCCCUGCUGGAUGACCUUUCCCAGAAGGUGCCCCUCCCAUUCGGCGUGCGAACCGUGACAACUCCACAGGGCACUCACACCAUCAAACACCUCGAGCAGCUCCAGGACGGCGGCUGCUACCUCUGCUCUGACCGGCGCCAGGCUAAGCCAAUCAACAUGGAGCUGGCCAGAAAACAUCCAGGCGUCUGGUACAACGAUAACAGAAGGCCACAUCGUCCUGAAACCUCGUCUUCAACACAUACUGGACAUAUGCCUUACAAGAAGCGGCGGAUCCUCCUCGUGAAAAACAGUGAGCCGGGGAUAAGGAGGAGUAUAGUGUUGAGCAGGAGGUCAACAAGGAGCCUGAGGUCCUUUCUUGAAGAGGUGUCAGAGGUCAUGCAGUUUCAUGUCCGCAAGCUAUACACUGCAGAGGGACGCAGGAUUGAGAGCGUGCAAAGCCUGAUGACUUGUUCCGGGGUGUUGGUGUGUGUCGGUCGUGAAGCCUUCAGCCCAAUGCUGGUCAACUUUAUCAGGAAGAGCUCAGAGGAAAGGCUGCCCGGUUUGAACAGCAGGUCCCCUGGUCUUGGCCCAAGGACCCCUGGUAACGGUGCUCGGUCUCCAGGUACUCAAGGAGUAAGAUCGCCACCUCAUGGAGCUCAAUCUAGAGCAAGCGAGUACAGUGAGGUGUAUGAAAGCAGGAAAAAUGUUAACUUUGGUCUGGAGACCAAGAAAAGCAUCAUCCACCCUCGUUCGGAUUCCUCAAACCGCUCCGCCCGUUUCUCCCUGUCAUCGGAGAAGUCAUACGGCAAUGGUGUCAGUGCGUACUCCCAGGCCAAACCGGCUAUCAUGAACGAAGACAUUGAAAAGCGUGUCCUGGUCAACAAAGAUGGCAGCCUCUCCGUGGAAAUGAGGGUGCGAUUUCGCCUACGCAAUGAUGAAACCCUCCAGUGGUCCACACAAAUUAAGAAAUCUCCAUCCUUGACCAAUGAGUGCUGCCCACUAAGCCAGGCUCAGCCUCAUUACCUGCAGCAGGGCCAAUCAGAGAGCUGCUCUGACCCUGAUUCCACUGCUUACGACCACGAAGGCGUCCAUUGUUCCCGACAAACUCUGCAGCAUGCCCCUCAUGGAAACACCUGCCCCUGUUGCUGUCAGAGAGCGGAACAGCAGUACGAUUUCUGGGAGAACCCGGCACACAGCUGCAAACCGCCUCCUGUCCCUCCCCCACAUGCGCACAGCCACACCCACACCAUGAUGCGACACACGCACUCCUCUAGCUCUUCCUCAUCAUGUAACUCCAGGAGGGUGGUGCGCUGUCGUGCUCGGCUCUCGGGCACAGAGCAGAAACAACUUAUGCAGGAGGAGACGUGUGUGACGGAGCAGGUGGAGCGCAGAGUAGAGGUGGAGCAGGAUGGAGAAACGCACGUAGAGGUGUGCAAGGUGAGCCGAUGCUCCAGCCGUAGUGAAGUAGUCGCUACAGAUAGCAACUUACAGCUACAUAGCCGAAAGUCAGUUGAGGAUGAUUCCCUGAUGGAAGUAGAAGGAGAGCGACCACUGUCCACUGUGAGCAGCUCCUCACAUGUCUUGCAAUUGCUAAAGGAGGACCAGGAUGAGGAAGGGAUUGAAAAUGGAAGCCGGGGAGUAUCUGCAGCUUCAUCCUGUCACUGUGGGGAAGCCACUGUAGAUUCAAAGAAUGAAGAAGAGGAGAUGGAUCAAGCUCCCAGUGUGAAGCACAGCAGGGCCUCUUGCAGAUCCAGUAAAACCAAGGGGCAGAAUUCAGAGGAUAAUGGAUCUGCAGAUGAUGAGGAUGAAGAGAUAAAGAGAGUUGUGAGUAGCUUGUCUGGUCGCACAGGAGGUUCUCUGCAUUCAAGGGCUUCCAGUGUGUGUCCUCAUUGUGGCGGCUGCAAAAGAGGGGCUGAUUCUGUCACCCCAAAGCCUGCUACGCCUCUCUCCAGCCAAGAGACCGCCAAUAAUAACAGUGAAAAUGAGGGCUCAGAUGUUUCUGUUGUUUCAACACAAUCCAACAAAACCAACCUCACCAACAACGGGCGCAUCUCUGCAGACAGAGCAUCCGGCUGCAUGUCCAAAAUGUCCAAUCCUGAGGCGGCGGGGAAUGAGGAGCAGGAGAGAGCUGGUAGUACUGCGUCAGCUAGAAGCCACAGGUCAUGUAAAUCCCACAAGUCAAGUUGUAAAGGAAGCACUGGUGUUCCAGCGGACAAUGAUGGAGAUAAGAGCCCCAGUGCCAUGUCUGCAAGGUCUGGCAAGUCUCACAAGUCCAGCUGUAAAGCUGAAUCGCCUGACAUAAGGACAAGAGAGGAAGCAGAGGGAGAGAAUGCUGUAGAGAGAGCACAAAGCGCCUUGUCAGCUAAAUCUGGUGCUUCAUCAAAGACCUGUGCUUCAGUCAAAUUAAGUGUUAAGGCUGCUUCCCCAACUGAGGAUUCAGCUCCUGAAGAAGAUAACACUAGCAAUAGAAGUCACAGCGCCCUCUCUGUUAAGUCUAAUACUGACAAGGUAGACCAGACUGGCAGUGCAUUGUCUGCUAAAUCAACUAAAUCACAUCUUUCCGCAAAAUCCGGCACGUCUCACAGGUCUAAAUGUAGUCACUGUGCAAGAGCAGUAUCUCCAGGGGAUAAUCCUGGUAUCCAAGUAACAGGUGAGGAUGAAGGUAUGGAGGCUGAGGAGAGAGCAGGGAGUGCCAUAUCAGCCCUGUCCAAUCUGACUGCCAAGUCUAACAAAUCCCACAAAUCCAAAGCCUCUAAAAGGUCAAUUUCUCCCAGAUCUGAGGCUGGAGGAGAUGCAGAAAAAAGGUCUGUGAGUCAAAUGUCAGGUGUAUCAGUUAAAUCUAACUUGUCAGUUAAGUCCUCAAAGCAUAACGACAACACUGAUGAAGUUGUAGCACCAGCUGAGGAGGAAGAAAAGGAGAUGGAGGAAGAGGAAACAGAGCAGAGGCCGGCGAGUGCAAGGUCUGCAAAAUUGGAAAUAGACAAGAGGUCAGCGAGUGCAAUGUCCUCUAAAUCUCACAAAUCCAACUGUGAAGGUUCUGAAAAAGGAGACGAUGCAGGAGACGGUGAAAAGGAUGAGGACCGGGCUGCCAGUGCUUUAUCUAGUAAAUCAGCGUCAGGGAAGUCACACAUCUCUGCAAAGUCCUCCAAGUCCCAGAAAUCACACAAAUCCACAGCAGCUCCAAAUCCAGAUGAAGAUGGAGAUAAGAGUCAAGAGCGGGUGGCAAGUGCACUGUCGGUCAAGUCAAAAUCAUCAGCGAGGACCAGCACUUCUCACAAGUCGAGCUGUAGCAAGAAUCUAAAAUUAGAGUCACCAAUUCAGAAUGUCAUCACCAUUCAAACACCAGGAGGUGCUGAUGAGGAAGGAAAUGAGACCACAGAGAGACCACUAAGUGCUGCAUCCGCUAAAUCUGGAAAAUCCAAUCUUUCAUCUGCUUUGAUGCACAAGUCUGAUAUUGCUGUUAUUGAAACUGCGGAUGAAGAGAAAGUUGCAACCCCCUCACCUAAACCUCCCAGCAGUCCUAAAUCCACCGUGCAACAGUUGUUGCCUGGCCCUGAUGUUGGAGAGACGAGAGGGCAGAGUGCCUUGUCGGUUCAUUCCAAAACUUCCACUAAAUCCGGCAGAUCUAAAUGUCGAUGUGGAGCAGCAUCAGCACAUGAUAAGGCAAACAAAGAGAAGGAUGAUGAGGAGAUGAAAAGUGAGGGCGCUUCUGAGGCGGCUGGUAGCAUACGGUCAUCCUCAACCAGGAGACGGGGGAGGGAAUCGGAAGGUACAGGGCGACCACUGAGCCAAAAUUCAGGAUCAGUCUCUCUUGGGUUGCCAGAAGACCAAGAAACAGCUGAUUCGGACAGCGGGAAGUCCACUGUUUCUUUCCACAUUACCACUGAGAGAAGAAGCAGAAGGAAGACUGCAACCCCUAAUGGCGCCAAAAGCUCAGAACAGUUGGCUGUGAAGGAAAAUCUGCUUGAGACAGGGUCCAUUAAGUCUAGAAAGUCUAGUGCUAGUAGCAGUAAGAGUCAUUUGUCUCACAAGAAUCCAGCAGGUGAUAUCCCUACCAUUGAAGCACCAGAAGGGAUUGAUGAUCAAGGGGAAACAGGUAGUGUGAGGUCUGUUUCAACAACAAAAGCUAGCAAUGCAGAUGCCCAAAGUCAUAGGGCCUCAACUGCAAUGUCAUCAGCAAGUGCUAAAGUCCGCAACAAGUCCCCUUCAAGUGCCACUGCAAAAAGAAAAGCAGCAGACUCAGGGAAAAGUGAAACUGAAGAUCCUGUAGACAGUAGACCAGCUAGCAAGACGGAAGGGAUUCAAGAUAUCACAGAGAAAACAGCCUCUGUCCACUCCAAGAGUCUGUGCUGUCUCAGGCCUGAGUCUGCAGCUUCGGCUCACUCAGGGUCAAAAAUGAAAGCCUCAAAGGAGAGUAAAGGAGAGGGUUCAGUCAAACUAGACUCUUUGGAUCCUCUUAAAAGUCCAAAGGCCAGAUCCUCUGGUAGUAGCAAAAGAAAGACAAUGACGAAAGAAGCACCUAUUAUUUCCUCAAGCCCCUGCCCCGUACACAGCUCCAGACCAUGCAGCAAAGAGGAGGCGUAUAGUGAGAGCACUCUGUCCCACUCACUGUCUGCUGCUGACCUCCUGAAGGAAACCAUCGCUGCUGCACGUCCACACAGCCGCCAGUCAAAGACCAGUGACAAGCCCAGGAGUGAGAGAAGUGGGAAAUGUCACAGAAGUCGGAACCAGCGACAUCAAGAGGAGACACAAGAGCUGACCCCUGCUUGUCUGCCGAACGCCUCCCCAAACGAGGUCGUGAGCGAGUGGCUGCGGAGCAUUCCCACCGACAACACCAUGCUCACACUCGGGGACGAGCUGAACGAGGACAGGGAUCUGGAGACAGCUGUGGAUGAGGAACCCAAAGAGGAGAUACCGAAGGAACAAGAGAGUCCUGAAGACGAGAAAGUGGACCAGGAGGAGAGUGUGGAGGCUAAAGAAGAAGAUAAGGAGAAAGAGGAGGAAGAUGAAUGUGAUGCAGCAGAAGAGAAGGGUUUGGAGCAACCUGCGGGUGAUGCGGUGGUCGGUUCUUCUCAGCCCAACCAUCAAGAGUCGAGCGGCGAGUCAAGGAACUGGAACUCUUCAGCUGCAGUGAUGAAGGUUCUUCUGAGUUCUUCUCUUGGUCGGUGUCGCAGCAUGCCUGAGGUGUCUCCAGUCUAUGGUCGACGACUCAGCACAUCAGCCAGAGGACUCUUGGACUGCUUGGCCCAGCUCCAGCUCAUUGAGCCUGCAGUGUGCCCUGAACGGCAGAAGCACCACAACCAGCAAUAUGAGGACAUCAUGGCAAUCCUUCAAUCUCUCUGGCUCGCCGAACCAGAGAACAUCCCAGGAAAGGACUCUAACGGAGACCAGAUAAGCCCACCAAGGUCCUCAUCUGGGGUUGGUAUGAGCAGUGGCUCGGCGGGGUCAGGGAAGGAGAAUGGAAAUCAGGGUGAGGAUGAAACAAACAAUACCAAAACUAAGGGGACAGAAUCAUUGCAUGAAGAGGAGGAAGUGGACAAGGUUGCAGAAGCAGAAAAUGUAGAGAAGGAGGAGGUUGAGGCAGAGCCAGAGGAGCUUAAGAUAGACGUAGACAUCGCAGAAGAAGCGGUGGAUGCUGAAGAACAGAACACAGAUCUUCCAAGUGAGGACAACCCAAAAGCUGUUGAGACACCCUCAUCAUCAGACAAGAGCUCUGCAAACAGCAGCUCAAAGUCACGCACUGAUAAUGAGACACAGGAGGACUCAAGCACAGGCACUCCUCCAACCGUCCUGCGUGCCCCUUUGUCAAAAAGACCGUCCCAAGACCCUGAUCCAGUGUGGAUCCUGCACCUUCUGAAGAAGCUGGAGAAACAGUUCAUGAACCACUACAUUACUGCAAUGGCAGAGUUCAAAGUCCGUUGGGACCUGGACGACAGCCUCAUCCUGGACACCAUGAUUUCUGAGCUGAAGGAGGAAGUUAGUCGACGCAUCCAGAACAGCAUCGAACGAGAAAUGAGUAAGAUCCAGAGUCGAGCCGGCAAAGGAGGGAGGUCACCUCGGCCGCCGCUGGGUGGGAACCUUUCCAGGGAGUCCACCAUGACGGAGAAGAGACGCCGCAUGUUGAAGGUCAUGAAGAACAAGUCGGUGAAGACGGCAGACUCGCUCAGCGAUGGAGAAAACACAGCUGACUUCAGUGACCAGCGAAGCGAUGACGAGUACUGCCCCUGUGAUGCAUGUGUGCGCAAAAAAAUGGCCGCCCGACCUCUCAGAAUGAACCCAAAUGCAGCUGAAGCCCCGGUCAUGAUGGAGUUUGACCUCCUUAAGAUUCUGCAGCUCAAGAAAGGCCCGUCUCCAGCACCUGUUGAUGUGCCACAAGCUGAGGUGGUCCAAGAAGAAGAGGAGGAGGAGGAGAAUAAUCUAGAGGUAGUUGAGGAGGAGGAGGAGGAAGAGGGGGAUGAGAGUAAAGAAGAUAUUAAAGCUGAUGUUGUUUUAGAGGAGACGAUCCCAGAAGAAGAUGAGGAAAUAGCAGAAGAUGAAGAAGAAGAAGGGGUUGAAGCAGUAGAAGAGGAGGAGGCUGAAAAUGAGGAAAAUAGUGGGGAGCAAGAAGAGGGAGAAGAGGAAACCUCAGAUAAUGGAGAUGUGGAGGAAGAGGAGGAGGGAGAAUGCCAAUGCCAGUGUGCAGUACACGUAGAGGAAGGUGAGGGAGAGGAGGCAGCGGCAGAAACAGAGGAUGCUGAGGAGACUUGCGACAACACAGGCGAGGAUGAGGCAGCAGAUGGUGAUGAGAAAACAGAGGAUGAAGAGGGGGAGACAGGAACAGGAGAAGAAGAGGAGGAGAGUGACAAGGAGACAGCAAAAGGGGAAGCAACAGGUGAAGGAGAGACCACUGAGGGCGAGGUGUCCGACUCAAAGCCUGAGGACGAAGAAGGAGAAACAACAGGAAGGGAGAGCGGAGAGGAAGGACCGUCUGGGGAAACAGGGGAUGACAGCGAUGUAAAAGAGGCAUCGAAUGAGGAAUCCAAGCAGGAGGAGGAGGAAAAUGGCAGUGCAUCAGCAGAGGCAGGGGAUGAAGAGGACGGAGAUGACUGCACAGGAGAGGAUGAUAAGGGAGGAGAGAGCGGAGAGCAGGAGGUGGAGGCCUCGGAGGAGGAACUAACAUCACCACAGGGCCAAGGGGUGACGGAGGGAGAGGAGGCGGACGCGGAAGACUCUGAAGACACUGACGCAAAACGUCCGAGUGACACAAGUGUGGACGAAUCAGGACAAGAGGGGGGAGGAGCUACAGGAGAGGAAGAGGAGAAAGAAGGUGGAGAUGAUGUUGAAGAGUUUAAGCCUGAAGAGGAUGAGGAAGAGGUGAACAGAAACAAAAAGGAGGAUGGUGCCCUCCUUCAGCAGUUCACUCGGACCUCCGUGGAAUCCCAGCCCGGGUCCUUGGAGGACAUCGACACGGAUUCCCCUAGAAUCCCCGUGCAGUCUAUAGAAGUGCCCAAAAUGGCUCCUGAAGUAUCCGCCGGCGGUGGCUCGGGCAACAGGAGGAGCCGAUCUCCAGCUAGAGUGAAACGGCGUAAACCCAAGCUGAGUGAUGUGGAAAUGGAUGACUUUUAACUCGCACAGGAUUUCAGAAGGGUCCAAGACUACCAGAAACUUUGCCAUGUCAGAGACUACACGGGUAAAUCAUGAAGGAUACGCAACUGUUGACAAAAAAAGAAACACUCAAAGCACUUUAUUAUUCCGAAUCCUGUGUAGGAAGGUCACACAUACUGACAUGAACCUUCAAACUUGAAACCACCAAUUCAUCCUAUUUUAUUAUAUCAACUAUAUUUGAAAUUGUUAUUUAUUUUUUAAGUUAACUGUAUUGGAUUUAUCUUCUGUGUACAAAUAAGGUACAAUCAUGAAGGAGAACUACACCUAUGUGUGUAUGAUGUGAACUCAGUUUGAUGUCCAGUCUACCACUGGUUUCAUUAUUUAUCGAACAUAUAGCCAUACCAAGUACCUAUAAUGAUAUUAAAGGUACAAUGGGGGUAUUUUAACAAAGCAGUGUAUUCAUACUCGGUUGAAGUAUCACCUGUUCAUCUUCAUUGAACAUGUGUCUUUGAGUCUGUGCUGUAUCUCAGGGGUUUGGACAGCCAGUUUGUUCUAUAAGGCUAAUCUCCUAGGUGUUACUUAACUACCUGCUUAGAGCUAUAGUCAGUAAAAAUGAACCUGAUUAAAUCUUCUCAAGCUGCAUGAUGUAACCUGAUUAUCUUAAAGGAAAAAAGGCAUUUUGGGAGACAUCCUUGUAUAUCUUUUUGGGGCCAAGAGUACAAGCGAAGAUCAGUAUGAAGAGAUCUGCUGAGUAAGUAUGAAGCUAAUGUUCGCAGGUUACAAAAACACUGAAAACAGGGGAGGGAAUUAGAAAUGAAUACCAUUGAUGACACCUUCAGAGUCAGUCAUUAUAGUGACUAUAGGCAGAAAUUGUAACUGUAAUGUUGUACCUUCCACGAAGAUACAUGGAAGGGCAGGGAGCUCCAAGAACAGAGGCAAGCUAGCUGUUCCCCCCUGCUUACAGUCUUUAAGUUAAGCUAACUCCUGGCAUUAGCUUCAUAUUAAGCAUGCAGACACAAGAGUGCUGGAAAUGUUAAUUUCUAACUCUGAUGAAGAUUCCAAACCUACAUUAGGCACAUUUCUGACCUUCUCUUUGGGUUACUUUCUGAUAAUAUUCUGCUCCAAAGUUUAAAAAAGAACAUGUCAAGUACCAAGCUGUAUUUUAUGUAUUUAUUUAUAGAGUGUAAUGUCUAAAAUUACACGUAGAAUGCAUAUUCUAACAUUUUCUAGCACCUGUAUGUCUUAUAGUUCUUUUAACAUUUACUGUACAUGUAUUUUUCUCAGUUAUCCAGUUAAAAUACUUGCACAACAGCAAAAUAUGACACUGUGCAUGUGUGUGUGUGUGUGUGUGUGUGUCUGACUCAAGAUACUGACACUGAAUGCUCGCAGGGGAAGUCUGAACUUCUCUACUUUUCAAAUCCAGAGGCUCUUCUCGGAUGUGUGCUUUAGAUUCAGGUGGGGUUUGCGUAACCAGUCACAUGGAGCAACAAUCUGAAGUUUGUUACUGAUGCCUUACUGUGUCCAUGGUAAUAUGAGGGUAGACUGACAGAAGAGGGGAGAUCAUGUUUAAGUGGUGAUGACAUCUUCUAUCCUUGUAUCAGAGAGCCUGUUAAGCUGAAUGCUAAACAAAAGAAACACUUUUUAUGACCCCAAAGAAAACAAACAUCUUCUCCUUAUUCAACCAAUCAAGCUGAGUGAGCUGGGCUCCAGGCUUUACUCCCCAAAUGUACCUUUUAGAUAUGCUGCAAAUGAUCCAUCCGUGUGUUUUCAAGACAGUGUGAAUGAGACAUAAUCUGUGAUCCUAUUUGUGCUAACAGGGUGCGUGAGUGGUUUAUGUGUGUUAAUGCUGCUUUCGGUCUGUUUGGCUGUCCAUAAACUGUGACAUCCCGAAGUGAUGGUCAUGUACCUGGGGGCAAAACGAUAUAUGAAUGUAUUCAUGUUGAUAUAAAUAAAAUAAAUGCAAAGGAUGGCA